UAUGUGUUUAGAAAGAAAAAGAAGACGGACAAAUGAAUAUGCUCAUUCCUCAAGACGACGACGACGACGAUGAUCAAGUUAACACAUUUACUCACUGUCACUAACAAGCUUCCUCAUUCUUCCAAAUCAUGCUAUUCGAUUUGGAACCCUAAUCGUUCCUUGUCUCUCUCUUCCCCUUUCCAUUCCCACUACUAUUCUCUCACAGAUCACAGGGUACUCCACAGGGUUCUUGAACAAUGCAGAGUUUCCAGGGAUUCCAAAACUGCAGCAAAAACCCAUGCAAGGCUUGUCGUACUUGGGUAUGCUACGUACCCAUCACUUGUUUCUUCUCUGGUUUCAACCUAUGCUAACUGUCACCUACCCCACAUUGCAAAUCACGUUGUUCAUCAUGUUUUCACCCGUGUUUCGAACCUAUUCAACAUGAACUUGAUACUUGAAAGGUUGAUGAAAGUUGGGCAAUGUGGUGUUGCCAAGAAGGUGUUUGUUAAAAUGCCUGUUCGAGAUGUUGUUUCUUGGAACACCAUGAUUGGAGGGUACGUGAAGAACUCGCGGGUUGUUGAUGCACUGAGCAUUUUCAGGGGGAUGCUGAAUGCUAAAGUUGAGCCCGACGGGUUCACAUUUGCUUCUGUGGUUACUGCGUGCGCACGCCUUGGGGCUCUUGCUAAUGCCAAGUGGGUGCAUACUUUGAUGGUGGAGAAGAGGAUUGAGCUGAACUAUAUACUUAGUGCUGCAUUGAUUGACAUGUAUGCUAAGUGUGGUAGAAUUGAUGUUUCAAAAUGUGUUUUUGAAGAUGGUGUGCGCAAUCAUGUGUCAGUUUGGAAUGCUAUGAUUAAUGGGUUGGCAAUUCAUGGGCUUGCUUUGGAUGCAGCUGCAGUGUUUUCUAGGAUGGAGAUGGAAAAUGUUUCACCUGAUAGUGUUACUUUUAUUGGGAUUCUGAUAGCUUGUAGUCAUUGUGGAUUGGUUGAAGAAGGUCGCAAGUACUUUGAUAUGAUGCAGAAUCAAUUUUUAAUUCAGCCGCAACUUGAGCAUUAUGGAACCAUGGUUGAUCUGUUAGGACGAUCAGGGCUUUUGGAUGACGCGUAUGACAUGAUUAAAGCAAUGCCAAUUGAGCCCGAUGUUGUUAUCUGGAGAGCACUUUUGAGUGCUUGUAGAAACCAUAGAAAGAAAGAACUUGGUGAAGUUGCAAUUGCCAAUAUAUCACGUCUUGAGAGUGGUGAUUUCGUCCUGCUAUCGAAUAUGUAUUGCUCUUUAAAGAACUGGGAUAGUGCUGAGAGGGUGAGACAGAUGAUGAAAAAGGGAGGAGUUCAUAAAAAACAGGGUAAGAGUUGGAUUGAAUUGGGGGGCAGCAUUCACCAAUUCAAGGCAGCCAAUCACUCGCAUGCUGAAAUGAAAGCAAUUUACAGUGUGUUGGAAGGACUGAACCAAAGGGCUAAGCUGGAAGGCUUUGCUCCCAUGACAGAGUUGGUUUUGAUGGAUGUUUCCGAAGAGGAGAAAGAGGAAAAUUUAAACUUUCAUAGUGAGAAGUUGGCCUUGGUCUAUGCCGUGUUGAAAACUAGCCCUGGAACUAAAAUCAGAAUUUUCAAGAAUCUUCGUAUCUGUCAAGACUGUCAUAAUUGGAUAAAAAUUGUGUCCAGAAUAUUAAACAGAGAAAUAAUCGUGAGGGAUCGCAUCCGUUUUCACCAAUUUGAAGGUGGUUUUUGCUCUUGCAGAGACUACUGGUAGAGGUAGCUAUUCGAAGUAAUACUUAGACACUUAGGCAUUUAUAGCACUUGAAUCUUUGGCGUGCCUCUCAAUAAGGGUAAUGUUUCCUUUACCUCCAGCCGAUCGCAUACCAUCAAUGUUGAUUUUGCAACAGCUAUGGUUGCAAGCAAGGGUGAUCAAGUGGAAAACCUGAGGAUUUCAAGUUGGCAUUUUGAACUUGCCCAUGUUAACAAUGCAUCACUUGGGUACCAUAAAAUUAUUGUUACAACUAAUGCCAAAAAAAAUGUCGUUGUUACAACUUAGAAGUUAGAAGCACUGAAAUUGAGAGUUCCUAUUAUUAUGAUGGUAUCAAGUGCCUAAUUGGGUAGCAUUGGAGAUUGAAAUGCUCUGAUUGGACUGAAUGACACAUCCUAUUAUUCUGCCUGGGCUAUGCAUGAUUGUGUGAAAGUCAACGGAAACCAAGUUUAUUGGCAUAUUGCAAAUCAUCCAGUACCUUUCUAUGUGGGUAAGAAUAUGCUUUUGGCAUGCAUUACCAAGUUACCAGAAUUAAUUGCUUACGAUGAUGCCAUUAGAUUACUUAUUGUUCUGAGAAGUGAGUGUUAGGCCAUUGUGUUCUUUUUAAUUAGGGGGAUGAAGAAUGGGUGGAGGUCAAAUUAGGCUAACCUACGUCAUGUGGAUAUGAAGACCCACCAAGUCACCAACUUCUUAAAAUUAUGAGAGACCAAACUAUUAUGCAUAAAAAUGAAAUAACAGUAUAAACAUAAGAUUUAA